UCAACACCACCAUCACCGCUGCCCAGGCUGCACUUCCACAUUCCACAUAUCUCCAUGGACAGUAGUAACUGCUCUCUCACUCCUCCCAAGCUACCACCACAACCCUAACCCUCUCUCUCCUACAGAGGUAGGGUGAGAGGAGAAAGGAGAGAGACCGAGAGAGAGCUAGAUAUCCAUCCUACCUUCCCUCUCUCAUCUCUUUUGCAAGAUCUCUUCUUCACCUUCUCCUUCUUCCUCCCUUUUCGCCUUUGGUUACCAAUCCAUCUUCUUUUGUCACGAGAUGUCGCCGAGCUGAAGCUAAGUAGUGGUGGAGGUGGAGGGGAGCAGCAGCGAAAGCAAGUACGCCAAGAAGAGGAAAAAAAGAGAGGGAGGAGAAAAACGCCAGCUUGGGGAGGCAAAAGCAGCAGCAGCCGCAGUGGCCAAAGGCUCAGAUUCCCGUGGGCUAUUUUACCACCGUUCCCACUGACCGAUUCCGCGAUUCACCGACGCAAGAUCCGACCUCAGGUGUCGGCAGCCUCUAAUCCGCGCCAAAGACGCCGGCUUUCUUUUUUUUUUUUCCUGAGGUUUCCAGGGGAUUUCUCGUCGUCUCUUGGGGCCCCGAAGGCGGCGGCGGCUUGCGGUUCUUGCGGGCGGUGAUUGCCGUCCCCGGACAGCUCCCGGGGGCUCGAUCCAGUGCGCGCGGAUAUAGCUGGUCUGGUUCUUUGAUGAGUUCUUGAGCUGGUUUCGGUGUCCUCUCCUGUUCUUGGAGCUGUUGGAUUGGAUUGGGGGAAGUUGAUUGUUGCAGCCGAGUAGGGAGAGGCGAGUGAUCUGUUCCAGCUGCUGUUGCGGCGAUUGUUUCGUUCCAAUCGGGAGAGAUGGGGGUUUCGGGUUGUGUGGGUUGACCAAUUCGAUCGAAUUCUUGCCGGGCUUCCAUGGCGGAUUUGGGGCUGUGGAAGCAGGGAUGGAGGUGGGUGCUGUCCCAGAAGCACAUCCUGACCUGGGCGCACAUGGCAGCGAGCGGCGGCACGGAGCGGCUCGCCUUCCUGGUCGAUCGGCAUUGGCCAGCCGUGUCCCGGACCUGCGUGAGCUCUGGCCGCCUCGCGCUCGCCGCACUGAGGCAAUGGCGUGGCUGUGCGGCGCGGGGGAUCCUGGAGAUGGCCAGCUUGGGCCCUGCAUCCGUGUUUGUCAUCCUCUGGAGCUGCUUCGUGUGCAUGACCUCGCCGGCGUGUGCUCUCUAUGCACUUCUGAGCCUGGGAGCUGCUGGGGCAGUCAUUCAUUACAUGGGCUAUACACCUGGCCUUUUCAUUGUAGGAUUGUUUGGAAUAUUAAUUAUGUGGAUGUAUGGAUAUUUUUGGAUUACAGGAAUGCUUCUGAUUUCUGGAGGUUGUAUGUGCUCUUUGAAGCAUGCGCGAUUUGUGAUACCUGUGUUGGCUAUGUAUGCUGUUUAUUGUGUGGCUGUUCGUGUUGGACUGCUUGGUGUCUUCUUGACACUAAAUCUUUCAUUCCUGACAAAUGAUCUUAUGAAUAAAUUGCUGCAAGGAUAUGAGGGAAGCACAGAAGAAAGACAGUUUGAAGAGACAAAACAUUCUGAUCCUGUCAUGGAUGAGUUCUAUCGCAGCUGUGAAUACCCCACUGCUCCUGAUAGUGAACCUGAGACUGUUUCUUCUGCAAAGCCCUUUUGCUCAACACCCGUCCAGGAUGUGUUGCAUGUACAAAAGGAGGCAUCCCCUAGCAAAGUAGUGAAGUCAGAUUCUGUUUCGUUGGAUGAGAUGAAGAGGAUCAUGGAUGGUUUGACCCAUUAUGAAGUUCUGGGUAUACCUCGGAAUAGAAGUAUUGAUCAAAAGACUCUGAAAAAGGAGUACCACAGAAUGGUCCUGCUUGUACAUCCUGAUAAAAAUAUGGGGAAUCCACUGGCCUGUGAAUCAUUCAAAAAGCUUCAGUCAGCUUAUGAGGUACUCUCAGAUUUCACAAAGAAAAACACUUACGAUGACCAACUGAGAAAAGAAGAAUCACGAAAAAUGACUCAGAGAUCACGUGUUGUCUCUCAACAGACCGGGGUAGAGUUUCUCUCCGAAGAAUCCAGGCGUAUACAGUGCACAAAGUGUGGUAAUUUUCAUCUGUGGAUAUGUACCAAAAAAAGUAAAGCAAAAGCAAGAUGGUGUCAGGAUUGCUCUGAUUUCCAUCCAGCUAAGGAUGGAGAUGGAUGGGUGGAAAAUAAAUUCUCAGCAUCCUUCAAGAUGGAAAUACCUCGAGCUUUUGUUUGUGCGGAGAGCAAAAUAUUUGAUGUGUCUGAAUGGGCUACCUGCCAGGGGAUGGAGUGCAAACCUAACACUCACGGCCCAUCUUUUAUGGUAAACAUGGUUGGCGCAGAUAGGAUGUCUCAGAGAUCCUACAGUUCUCGCUAUCCCUUUAGUUUGAAUGCUGAGAUGGUCCCUGAAGAUGAAUUUGAGCUGUGGCUUCAACAAGCAUUGGCAUCAGGUGUCUUCGCUGACAGCCCAAAACGGAGGAAAAGCUGGAGCCCCUUCAAACUACCUCAAAAAGGGAUAAAAAGUUGGCGGAGGUCCUCAUAAGGGCAUGGCAUACCGGCAUACCGCAUGGACAUCCCCUGAGUACAACAUUUAAAAAGGCUAUACACUUCGUGAAUGUAAAUAGACUGACCAACAAUUUACCUGGAUGAGCAACUAAUUUUGUCCAAAAAGAGAAACGCUGAAAGGGGUAAAAGGAGGAACGGUAAAAAUACGACUGCAGCGAAUCUGACGGUUGAAAUUAGUGUUUUCUGCAAUGAGACCCCGUGAGUUUUAUCCAAAAAGAUCAGAUUCUGGAAUGGUGUGCUAUUCAUUGGGUCAUCCUGAGCUCAGAAGGAUAUCUCUCUACUUCUCUAGCAUGUUAACUCCAGUAGUUUUAGAGGAUCGACAUCCUGAGUGAAUGUCAAAUUUUCAUCCUAGGUUGACAGCGCAAAUUAUGCAAGUGUUGGAAAAUCUGUUCAUCAGAGUAGCAAUUUCGGGCCUUUUCAAUCUUUCUGGGGAACAGAAGGAAAGAAAAAAAAAA